CUUUCAGGGGUGCAUCUGAACACCCAGUUAGUUCUCUGGUUCAACUUUCGAAAGUUGUUUUUUGGACGGAUGGUGUAUUUGAUUUGUCACUUAUGCUGACUGAUAAAUUCAGAUCUAGGAGUACUAAAAUCUUGAGAUUAACUUAAGAAGAAAUCAAGAUCGGAACCAGGGAAAUCGCAGGUAUACGUCGUAGUCGAUCGCAGAACGCAGUGUAUCGUGCCGCAAUCCACUCCAAUCUGCCGCGCCGUGCGCGUCCGGACCUUCAAACUGCCGGCGUCAUUCGCGCCGCGAGGGGCGCGGCAUUUCCGCCCACGAUGCAGCCCUUCUCGAGGCACGCCGGCUUCUUCGCGUCGCUCAAGCAGGUGGAAGACCGGCUGGCCGCGGAGCAACCGCCGGCGGCGGCAGCGGCGGCGGCGAGACAGCCUGAGCCGCCGCCGUUCUCGGACACCAUGACCGCGUCGCCCCUCUUCCUCGGCCCAGCGACGGACGCGACGGCGGCCGACCGCCCAGGCGGCGAGAGCAGCAGCCCGGCGGUGGACUUCCUCACGCUCAGCAAAGACGAGGAACCCAGAGGAGGCGACGACGGGGAGGACGACGACGGGGAUGACGAAAGCGGGGAGGACAUCGCGCGGCUCGUGGCGCUGCUCGGCUUGUCACCGCCGCCACGGGGCGGGAGUCAGGGUGGCCACAACGACGACGGCGGCGGGUGCGACUGCAGCGGCGGCGACGGGUUCUUGGCCAAGGUCGUCGGCGUGGUCGGGCCCAAGUGCGACAAGGAGAAGAAGAGGGUGGACGGCUGGGUGCAGCAUUACUUCAGCGGCGGCGAGUGCAGGGAGCCGGCGAGGCUGGCGCACCUGCUGCUCGCCAAGGCGUCGUGGUCCUGGGAGGGAGAAGGGCACCGGGGUGCAUCGCCCAUCGUUUUCCCGACCACCGUGAAGGAGUUCUUGGAUCGCGACGCCCCGCCGCGCUGGACGGAGGAGGAGCAGAGGUAGUGCUUCUGCUUACCUUACCUGCUUGGCCAAUGGCCGUGGUAAAAGUUGCAACUUGCAAGCUGAAUUUGUUUGCCCUUCUGAAAGAACAAUGUGGUAUUAGCAGAUUAAACAUCAUGGCAAGAUCCUACAAACGUUGCAUGAUAAAUCUUGUACAUGCAUUUACCUGAGUUUUGGAAGAACUUUUCACAGUUCACAAUAUCCAGUGACUUCUUUCCCUUUGUGUCCCCUCUUGUUCUUUGUUUCCUUCUCUUUUGCCAGUUUUAUUUGUAUGCUUUAUUUCACCAUAAUAGAAUGGUUAUAUGGUAGAGUCUCUGUACCUUUCUGCGUAAAAA